GGUUGGGAGGGAAUGCCCACUAGAUGCGGCUGCUGAUAAUAGCGCGUAUCAGCACCAGAGCAGUGAUUGAGAGCGCAGACAGAGAGAGGAGGAGAGGAGCAAGGAACAGCAUGCUCUGCCAGAGGCUGGUUAAAUCACAGCAGCGUGAUUGAUUCAGGCAAACGAGGAUAAAAAAAAUAAAGAGAGCUCUAGAGAGUCUCUCAGAGCGCAAAAUCCUGAGAGGAGAACGGGGGUGGAAGUUAGAAGGCUGUGGGAACUCAUCAACUCCCCGUGGAAAGGCAGAGCUGAGGUCAGCAGGCAGGAGUGUGGGAUCGAGCAGCAGCUGAAUUAAGCCGAACAUUGCUUGGGCUGGGGGUGGACACUCUUUUAGAGGGGUAACGAGGGGCGUAGGGUGAAGGAAUACUGCUGAAACUUCAGUUACACUCAACGCGCACCUGCUCGUGGGAGUUACGCUUCUGGAUAUUACAGCAAGGCUACGGGGCAAGCUGCCACAUCCACUAGAGCGAUUUUGCAAAGCCACUGUCUGAUUGACUUAAUCCUGAUCUUUUGUGUGAAAGAGAAAGACUAGCACUUUUUGGAGCAAUAGAGCGCAAGUUUAAGGUUCUAUUCAAGGGCUAUUCUGAGAGACAUGAUAGAGAAUGAAAUAAAGAACGCGGCUUCCAUUCCAGAGCAUGGAGAAGUCAAGUAGUGAGGAAUCCGCCAUCCACCGUAGCCCCUCUGUGGACAGCCGCGACUCAGACUUUGCCCAAGCCUCCACCUCCGGGCGCCCGUUCGGAGGACGAGGCUUUACCGCCGGCGCCUUUUACGGGUCCACUGGCCCACGUGCACAAACCGCUGCUCAGAGUGGGGCGGCCGGCGACGACAAAGGCAACAAUAAGUACAAGUCUCCAAAAGGCAGCAAAUACGUGGUCUUUUAUCUGGAUCUAUCCUUUGUGUUCCUUCUAGAGUUCAAGAAGUGCAACAUGGCUAGAGGCUGCCUGUGCUGUCUGAAAUACAUGAUGUUCGUCUUCAACCUCAUCUUCUGGUUGUGUGGCUGUGGGCUGCUGGGAGUUGGAAUCUGGCUGUCUGUGUCUCAAGGCAGCUUCGCCACCUUCUCCCCCUCCUUCCCCUCUCUCUCUGCUGCCAACAUGGUUAUCGCCAUAGGCGCCAUCGUCAUGGUGACGGGCUUCCUCGGAUGCCUGGGUGCCAUCAAGGAAAACAAGUGCCUGCUUCUGAGUUUCUUCAUUGUCUUGCUGAUUAUACUGCUGGCUGAGCUGAUUUUGCUCAUUCUUUUCUUCGUCUACUCUGAUAAGGUCAGUGAGAAUGCAAAGCAGGACCUUAAAGACGGUCUUGCUCUCUACAACACAGACAACAACAUUGGGCUGAGAAAUGCAUGGAAUAUCAUCCAAGCUGAGUGGAAGUGUUGUGGCGUAACUGGUUACACAGAUUGGCACGAGGCUCUGAAAGAAAAGGUGGUGCCCGACCGCUGCUGUCAAGAGCAUUAUCAGGAGUGUGGCCGCAACUCCACCAACAUGUUCUGGACACGGGGCUGCUACGAGAAGGUUGAAGAGUGGCUUGAAGAUAAUAAGCACCUACUUGGAACCAUCGGCAUGUGUAUCUUGGUAGUUCAGCUCCUGGGAAUGGCCUUUUCCAUGACACUGUUCCAUCAGAUCCACAGAAGCGGGAAGAAGUAUGAUGCUUAACGAGGCCGUUUCUCAAGGGAGGAGCCCUGGUGCAUUAUGGGACAGACUCUGGAGGACAGCUCCUCCUCUUAUAUCUAACUUUCACCACUGGCCAACCCCUCUUCCCAUUAAUUCCCCAGCUUAUACCUUCCCAUCCUGUAUAGACUUCAGCCAUGGUUUGUCUCUUUUCCGCUCUUUCUCCCCCAUCUGCUCAUCUGCCAAAGAGACCCAGGGACAGAGAGGAACGAGAGGACCGACUCUUGGCCAGAAUCCUCCCCAUGAGGCCUCUGACUUUCUUCAUCUCCUCUAGAACCUUUAUUUUACGCUUGAACUAACUAACGUUUGCAGGAAGGAGAAUAAUGACAACAAACUGUGUGGCUUUACUAAUACGUAAAUCCUUCCCCCCAACAUAUAGACGAGACGAGAAGACAUCAGACAGGAAACCUUCAGGGUGGAUGAAUUUGAAAAGCAUCGCUCGUCAUCACCUCCAUCUACAGUGUAAAUGACAAACAGCUCCAUUUUAGCAUGAUGCGGUUUUGUACGAGACAGAAAACUUGUCAUUUCGGCUCGAGACUUUUUAGUUUGUUUUUAUAAGUGACUUUGCCCCAACCCCACAAUUGUCAUUUUUGUGCACCUAAGGAUUGGAAGAAGCCGGUAGAAAGAGUUUAGCGAGGUAUAACCAGGAAUUUGAGUUUGUCUGUGUGUGUUGGAAAUAAGCCUUUUCUUAUGUUUAAAGGUUUGUGAUUUGAGAACGCGUCGAAACGUGUCGAAAGUUUCACUCUGAUGAGAACCAUCACAAUCUAAUGUCAGUAUAAUACAUUUUUUCCAUAUACAGACUGUCUGAUUAGCCAGCCAUCCACGUUCAUGCAAAAACAUCCUCUUUGUUAACCACUAAAAGGUCAUUUUAACCAGACUGCUACUGAAACUCUGUAGCAUAGACAAUGAACGAAGUUUAGGUUAGGUUACAAAAGUUGGUAAACUAGACAAGUAUAAAAGGCAGAGCUUUUCCUCAUGUUUUGCUCAUUGGAUCCAAGUUUGUACCCCAAAGAAUAUCAAGCCUAAUGAUACAGAUUCCAGUUCUAGUUCAUGUUUGGGAAUUUCUUCUGUGACAGUAACGUUUAGGUUUUUGGAAGACUUGGAGUCAAAUUAAUUUACUCACCUUCAUGUCAAAUCUGUAGGACUUGUUUCUUCCGUGGACACAAAAGGAAGUAGUUUGAAGAAUGUGGCUACAACAGAAGCAGACUUGAUGCUUUCAAACUCUAAAACGGAGGUUGAAAAAUACGGCAAUAAUAUGGCAUAUGACAGACUGGUGCUCUACAGUUUUUAAAGUUUUCUUCACUCCAAAACUUACUUGCUGAAGAAAAUACUCAUUUGUGCAUAUGCAUAAUCAAACUACUGUCUUACUUUUAAUAUGUAAAUGCACUGAGCUGCAAGAACUUUGUGAUUGAUGGGUGUUCUAAUUCUGCAGAAAUGUUCUGACCUUUCUGACAAGUUCUGUGGGCACAUAUUACACGUGGGCUAGAUAAUGACUUAAAUUGGUGGUCUGUUGUCCUUUUGUGUCCUACGGAAGAAAAUCACAGGGUACAGAGUGACAUGAGGGGACAUAAAUUUCCUUCAACCAUUUCUUUAAAGUAUCCCUAGCAGGAUAUCUAGCACUAAUGCCAACCCAACAGAACUGUGAAAAUUGUCAAUACUGCUUCAUUGCAAGAUAUAAGUCAAGUAUUAAAAGUUAAACCACAUAGAGUACAGCAGAGCAGAACCAAAUACAAGCACAGUCAUAGUGUUAGUUAUAAUAAUAGACUGUAAUCCAGCAGCCAUAAUUCAUCUAGAGAAAGAGUGUCUGCAGUGUUUCUGUUUCCGCACACCUCAGCUUUAUAGCCCGUGCUGUUUUUCUGUCUCUCUCGGCUUUUUUCUGUCUCCAUCUGUCUUUUAGUUUCAAGCAUCAGGCUGAAACGGUUACAUUCCUGCUGAAUGGGGUGAUAAUGCUUCUGUAUCACACAGCCUAAAGGGACUUGCUUCGAAGCAAAUGCAUCUUGACGAGGAAGUUUUGAAGUGAAAGUGUGUUCACCAGCAGACAGUUUUUAGGGGUUUAAAAUCACUGAGCAAUAGAUGGGGCGUGAUGAUGGCUGAGAGACCACCAGAGUGGGGUCAUCUGAUGGUCUCCAAUCCAGACUGUCACUGAGAGCUCGGCGUGUGCACGUCGUUAAUGUGUGACCGAGAGGGACGUAAUAGAGCACUCGAGAUGGAGAGAGAAAUAAUAACACCUCUCAUUCCAUCAAACACUCACUGACACACAAUCUUUGUUUACUGUAUUUUAGAAAAAUUGCUUUAUAUCAAGAAACAGUUGGGACCAGAAGCGACAGCUACUUCUAACGUUCAUCCAUGUGUUGAAAUGGAGGGGAAAGAGUGCUUCUGCUCUGGAUGAGUGUAGGAACUCUGUCGCUGAACACUGCUGCUAUAAGAGCCACCUGUGGUCAUUACGAUAGUGGAAAAAGACUCGAUUCACUCACACUCUGCCUGCAAGCAUUUAAAGUCAACGUGAAGCCAAAAUCGACCCCAUUUACUUUUUUUAUAUAUAUAUAUAUAUAUAAAAGAAGCCCAGUUUAGGUUACUAUAGUAGGUUAUGCAGCCAUUUUUACCAAUUGAAAAAGUGUUCGUUUAAUGUUGGUUAACUUCUAAAUGUUACAAAUAAUUAUAGAUUUGAAAAAAGGUGCAUUACUGUCGGGAUACAUCCUGUCCCAACCUACAUUUGAUUUACUCAAUGAACAUACUGUUUUACUCAUGUAAAUGUAAAAUGGGUUGUCAAGGGUGUUUUACGUUGGCUUUAAGGGAUUUGUGUUCUGAGGCAUUUAUAUCAGGAGGACUGAAAUCAACAGCAUUUUUCAAUCAAGUCCGCGUGAUCAUCAUAGCUAGCAAACAGAAACAAUGCAAGAAAAUGUUCUAAUAUGCAAGCCUGUCUCCAGUAGGCCACAGUCAACAUUAUUACCAUCAUAAAUGAAAAUGUUUUUUUGUGCUACGCCUGGUGAUCUGGCUUCAAACCCAUUUUUGCUUCAAGAACACGGUGGAGUUAGUCGGCACUAGCUCUGAUUAGGUUUGCAUUGAUGCGCUCCAUCUGCUCAGUGUACUGUCUCUAACCCCGCCGCGCUAAACUUCAAUGACGUGUCCCAACCCUCUUAUCUGACUGAUUUACAAACUUUGGCCGCAAAAUUGCAUCCUGUGAACUAAUCCCGCGUGUAAGCUUUCCAAGGUUAGGAAUUGUUUGAGUUCGGAAAGUUUUUUUGGUCCUUGUUCCAAUGUUUUGAAUUUUUGAAAGAUGUCCUUAAACCCAUCUCUCACUGUUAUUCUUUUUCAAAAAGUAUAUACAAUACUCAUUUUUCCUUUAUAUUUUUCCACUGUUAUAGGCUGCAUUGUAUAUUUAAAUCUGAAAUAGUCAGAUGUUGAGUUGUUAGUGUUAAAUGACAGUAUCAUGUUGAACAACCAGCAAGAGUUUGGCAUUAGCAAUUUUCAUUUUUACUGCUAAUAUGUUAGUUUUUUAUGUUUUGCAAUGCAUUUGUGUCAAGCUUAAUGCACGUAAACAUUUCACUACGGAUCAUCUCAUAAACCGUUGCAAAUGUGUAUGACAUCUGGGGCAUAUCGGUUUAAUAUGCAACGAAGAUAUUGAUUUUUGCUAACUGUCUAAAUAUGUCUGUCAAGUAUCUAGAGGUGCUUGAUACUCCAACACAAGUGUUGUAAUGUCAUUUUUUUUGUUAUUUCUUGUACAUUGUUGUAUGUCGUCAUUUGUUUUGUAUCAUAUAUUUUGUCACAUAUUGAUUUUAAGGGUGUGCUAAGCAUAGAUACGUUUUUUUUUUAAUAGUUUCAUUUCAUAAUCUCAGAUUAGAAUUAAUUUAUGUUGGUUUUUCAUCUGUGGAUACUAUCAUAAAGUACGUGCAAAUUCACAUUAUUCACAUUUCUAUCAAUUGUAAAGUAAAAGUUCAUGAAUUUUUCAGAAAGGUAAGGUCUCUAUAUUUCUAUCAUAUUGAAGAUGGCCCAGAAAAAUGAUCUCCAGAACAUCUAAAAGCUUGCACACCCAUGCCAUCUGAUUGUAUAUUUUGGGAUAUUUUUUCAACAGUCCUUGAAACUAAUUUUGUACCCAUUUAUUGUGUUUUAAUUUUUCAUUUUGUACCUAUUAAUUUGAGAAUUAAGUUGUAGAUCUGAAUGAAAUGUUGGCAUUUGUUGGUACUGAAUUCUGCUAUUUUAAUGGACAGUGUUGCAGGGGUGAGAAAGCUUUCUUAUUGAUGAUCUAAAUGACCACAGCACAACUAAUUGAAUUAUUGAAUUUGUUCUCCCAUUAGCAGACACUGCCAUAAAAUGAUCUAUUAAUUUGGUAUGCUUGGGGUAAAAAAGGGAUCUAAAAAGUAAUUGAGUUCCAUAAUCGCUGUCAUAUCUGUAUUUUUGUACUGCCAUCCUAACCACCACCAGUAAACUGCAUAUACAAGCUGUAGAAACGUAUGCUCUCGAGUGGCGUGUUUAAUGUAGUGUCCUGGUGAGUGGCAGUUAUCGGAUAUCUUGUGAACCCAGAUUUGUCCUGUGGAGUAUUUUGCUACAUGUAAAGCACUAUAAAUAUAUUAGGUGGUGCACUAAAUUGCAUUCUUUAAAUCCUACUAUUUUUUAAAUAAAGGAAAGUGUGUUGCCAAACCCCUGUGAGAAUGUUAUUUGUUUU